UGACUCCCUUACACAAAACCCACACUAGCUAGCUAUACUUUUUUAUACUCCCCUUCACACAUUCUCGAGCACUUUCCAAAGAAAGAGAGAGAGAGAUGGGUGAAGUGGAGCAAUCCCCAGGAAGCUCCAUGCAUGGAGUAACAGGCAGAGAACAAACCUUUGCCUUUUCUGUUGCUUCACCAAUGGUCCCAACUGAUACAACAGCAAAUUUUGCUUUACCUGUUGAUUCUGAGCACAAGGCCAAGGUGUUCAAGCUCUUUUCCUUUGCCAAUCCUCAUAUGAGAACCUUCCACCUUUCUUGGAUUUCCUUCUUUACUUGCUUUAUCUCCACCUUUGCCGCGGCUCCACUUGUUCCAAUCAUUCGUGAUAACCUCAACCUAACCAAAGCAGAUAUUGGAAAUGCUGGAGUUGCUUCUGUCUCAGGAAGCAUUUUCUCUAGGCUUGUAAUGGGUGCAGUUUGUGACCUAAUAGGACCAAGAUAUGGAUGUGCAUUUCUAAUCAUGCUCUCAGCUCCAACUGUCUUUUGCAUGUCAUUCGUGUCAAAUGCUGGAGGCUAUAUUGCUGUCCGUUUUAUGAUUGGAUUUUCUCUUGCAACAUUUGUGUCAUGCCAAUACUGGAUGAGCACAAUGUUUAACAGCAAGAUCAUUGGGCUUGUCAAUGGCACUGCUGCUGGUUGGGGCAACAUGGGUGGAGGAGCCACUCAACUCCUAAUGCCUUUGCUAUAUGAAUUGAUUCAUCGUGCUGGCGCCACCCCCUUCACUGCCUGGAGGAUAGCUUUCUUUAUCCCUGGGUGGUUUCAUGUGAUCACGGGAAUCUUGGUCUUAGUGCUAGGCCAAGACUUGCCUGAUGGAAACCUCAGUACCUUACAGAAGAAGGGUGAAGUUGCCAAAGAUAAAUUCUCCAAGGUGCUGUGGAAUGCUGUCACAAACUAUAGGACAUGGAUCUUUGUCCUCCUCUAUGGCUACUCCAUGGGUGUUGAAUUGUCCACAGAUAAUGUCAUUUCUGAGUAUUUCUAUGACAGGUUUAGUCUUAAGCUUCACACAGCCGGAAUGAUUGCUGCCUCCUUUGGUAUGGCCAACAUUGUUGCUCGUCCAUUUGGUGGUUAUGCCUCUGACUUCUCGGCCAGAUAUUUUGGCAUGAGGGGCAGGCUAUGGACCCUUUGGAUCCUCCAAACUCUAGGAGGUGUCUUCUGUAUCUGGCUUGGCCGUGCCAAUUCAUUAGCUGUUGCUGUCUUGGCAAUGAUCCUCUUCUCUGUUGGAGCUCAAGCUGCGUGUGGAGCAACUUUUGGCAUCAUACCAUUCAUUUCUCGGAGAUCAUUGGGUAUUAUAUCAGGCAUGACUGGUGCUGGUGGAAACUUUGGCUCUGGAUUGACCCAAUUAGUGUUCUUUACAAGCUCAAGAUUCUCCACUGCAACAGGCCUUUCUUUCAUGGGGGUCAUGAUUGUGUGUUGCACUCUUCCUGUGACAUUGGUUCACUUCCCACAGUGGGGGGGCAUGUUCCUUCCACCUUCCCAAGACAAGGCGAGAUAUACCGAAGAAUUCUAUUAUGGCGCAGAGUGGAAUGAGGAGGAGAAGCAGAAGGGUUUGCACCAACCAAGUCUCAAAUUUGCUGAGAACAGCCGGUCAGAGCGAGGCAGGCGGGUGGCCUCAGCUCCAACUCCACCAGAUUCAACACCAGCACUUGUUUAGUUAAUUAAGGAAAGAUAAAUUAAAGUCAUGGUGGAGCUAAUAGAAAUCAAUAAUGAGAGCAAAGGAUGUGUACAAUGUUCUCUAUCUCUCUUAUGUACCAUGAUCCUUCUUUCUUGCCUCGCAUUUACCUUAAUAGUCAUUAAGAUGAAUGCAAGAUUUAUAAAACAUCCAUAUAUAUAGUUUUGCAGGACA